AUGUCCACAAUGGCUCAGCACUCUGACCUGGACUGCAAGCUAAGGUUGGAAAAGGACACUUCACAUCCUGCUCCUGUCAACCGCGGACAGUGGUCCAGCAAGACUGAGUUUCUCCUGGCCGUUGCUGGACACAUCAUCGGGUUGGGGAAUGUGUGGCGUUUUCCUUACCUGUGCUACAAAAACGGAGGAGGAGCGUUCCUCAUUCCAUAUGUCAUCUUCCUCUUCACUGGUGGUAUUCCCAUCUUCAUGCUGGAGACAUCCCUGGGACAAUACACCAAACAAGGAAGUAUUACAUGUUGGAGGAAGAUUUGUCCACUUUUUGAAGGUCUUGGAUACGGGUCUCAGGUGGUGGUCCUGUACUUCAACAUCUAUUACACUGUCAUCCUGGCCUGGGCUUUUCUCUACCUCUUCUCAUCCUUCAACGCGGAACUCCCCUGGUCCAGUUGCAACAACACCUGGAACACAGAGAGGUGUGUGGAGUUUGAUCGGAAUGAUGUUCUGUUCAACGUAACCGUGCCGGCCAAUGCCACAUCACCAGUGAGAGAGUUCUGGGAGAGACGAGUUUUAAAUAUCACCGGAACCAUUGAUGAAUUGGGGGGGAUGCGAUGGGAGUUGGCGCUGUGCCUCCUCCUCUCCUGGGUCAUAUGUUACUUCUGCGUCUGGAGAGGAGUCAAGUCGACUGGAAAGGUGGUGUACUUCACAGCCACGUUUCCGUACCUCAUGUUGCUGGUGUUGCUUGUCCGUGGUCUCACGCUUCCUGGAGCCUUGGACGGCAUCAAGUUCUACCUGUAUCCAGAUCCAACCCGCCUCUUGGACCCGCAGGUGUGGAUGGAUGCUGGAACUCAAAUAUUCUACUCCUACGGCCUUUGUAUCGGCUGUCUGACUGCUCUCAGCAGUUAUAACAACUACAAUAAUAACUGUUACAGGGACUGUGUGUGCUUGUGCCUUCUGAACAGUGGCACCAGUUUUGUGGCAGGUUUUGCCAUUUUCUCCGCCCUGGGUUUCAUGGCCUUCGAGCAGCAAACGGACAUAGCCACAGUAGCAGAAUCAGGUCCUGGUUUGGCCUUCAUUGCCUACCCUCGUGCGGUGGCCAUGAUGCCGCUCCCUCAGCUGUGGGCGGUGUUCUUCUUCGUCAUGAUCAUCCUGCUGGGACUGGACACUCAGUUCGUAGGACUUGAAGCGAUGGUGACGGCCAUCUCUGACAUGAAACCUUCCUUCUUCCACGUGGGCCAUCGCCGUAAACUUGUGCUGCUGCUCAUCUGUGUUGUCUCUUUCUUCAUUGGCCUCACCAUGGUGACAGAAGGCGGCCUCUACAUCUUCCAGCUGUUCGACUACUACUGCUGCAGUGGAAUGACUCUCCUCCUCUUCGCCAUCCUGCAGUGUGUGUCAGUCGCUUGGGUCUAUGGAGCGGAUCGUUUCUAUGACAACAUUGAGGACAUGAUAGGAUACAGACCAGCGCCGCUCAUCAAGUACUGCUUAAAGUUUAUCACCCCAGUCAUCUGCAUGGGAACCUUCAUUUUCUUCCUGGUUAAGUUCACCCCACUGAAAUUUAACAACACCAUGGAGUAUCCCUGGUGGGGCACCACGCUGGGCUGGUGGUUCACACUCUCCUCAACACUCAAUGUUCCCCUGUGGAUGCUCUAUAAUCUGUGGAGAACACCGGGAACAUUACGACAGAGAUUUGCCACCUUGUGCACUCCGUCCGACGACCUUCCUCUGUGCAAGAAGAGGAAGAAAGCACUUGAAGUGGAAAGCUUGGCCCUGAAUCCUUCAUCAGCUUUGUGA